AUGGUCGACCAACGAGCCAAGGUGGUUGAUCUCGGAUAUCAACACCAAGAGUUCUUUUGGACACCCCGUCAGCGCCAGGAUCGACGAGCUAUCGGCAGAGAGACAGAGCUGAGUUACGGCACCGGUAGCUCCAAUUCUUGUCCCAGCAGUCGAGGCGAGGACGUCGUGCGAUAUGAAAUAAGUCAAGGCAAAGUGAUGGAGUCGUCGCUGUGGUCCACCUCGAGAGGCAGCCGCUAUGCGCAGAAGGACAUCUCGGUAUGGAUUGACAUCAUCCGGCAUCAAAACGCACUGGGGUGUGAUGCACUGGUCAAAAUAAUGCCAGAGAUCGCUCUCCACUUGCUUGAGACUGAACGGAGAAAGGUAUCCGGGUGGGCGUGUGAAAAAAUCGAGCUGGCUGGCAUGAUCUUCGCCGAGCAGCAAGACUUGAAUAUCAGAGUGGACCUGAGGGGAGCUUCCGAGUGGGCCAAGAACUGCAGUGCUCAAGCUCGGAUGGGUGGAACACCGCAUCGAUUUAAAAUCGGAACCUUUGGAAAACAUCCAGCUCUCGACGGAGACGUCCAAGUCUUUAGGCCUUCUGAUGGGGCGAGAUUUUCUCGCAUCAACAUGGACCACAACGUGUUGCCAACUCAGCCUGGUCUCGUAGGAGCAACUCAAAUGAAGUCUCUCACAAUGGCUACAUAUCGGACGUUGCCCCGGACAUUUUACUCGUCGCUCUACAUUUGUUGA